AUGCAGGCCAGUGAUAGGUUUAACAUAAACUCCCAGCUAGAGCAUCUGCAGACCAAAUAUGUUGGUACUGGCCAUGCUGAUUUGAACAGAUUUGAAUGGGCAGUGAAUAUUCAGCGUGAUAGCUAUGCGUCUUAUGUUGGGCACUACCCCAUUUUGUCUUACUUUGCCAUUGCUGAGAAUGAAUCCAUUGGAAGAGAGCACUAUAACUUUAUGCAGAAAGUGCUCUUGCCUUGCGGCCUGCUCCCUGAAAGAGAAGAUGAUUGAAACAUGCUUUUGAGACUUGAAAGUGAAUGUUUUGGGUUAUGUCUAUAGCUCCUAUUUGUAAUCUCUCUUUAUGUUGGUUUUCAUGUGACACUGGGAACACUUGGUAGUGAAUUAAAUUUGCAAGAAAGAUUCCUUAUUCUAAAGUAUUGGUGGAAAUUGUGAGUGGUGGUGGUGUUUUUGUUAUUUUACAAAAAAUUUAUAUA